AAAAUCACAUUUGGAGAGAGACAGAGAGAGAGAGAGAGAGAGAGAGGGACGAGAAAUGGCAUUUCUUUGUCUUGUAGCUCUAGUAAUCCCAAGCCUUGAAUAAACAAAUCAGAACCCAAGUGUCAGCUUUGCUUUGUUGCCGUUUCAGAACCAAAUACCCAGACAAAAUAGCCACCAAAGAAAGAAAGAAACAUAUUGCUGCUACAAAUAUUUUAUUUUAGCAACAAAUACUGCUUGCUCGUGGUUUUUUAAUCUCUUUUUUUUUUAUUAUUAUUAUUGUUUGAUUGUUUUUGAGUUUAAUUUCAAUCAAGGAGAAUUGGGUUUCAAUGUCUUCUGAUCUCUUUCUUAUUGAUCACGACCCUUUCCACCGCCAUUCGAGCUCAGACAUGGUCUCCUAUGAUGGAGACCUGACCUUCAUGCCUGACUCACCCAUUGAUAUUUUUCAGGCAAUUUCAGACAGCCAAAACCAGAACAACCCAGUUGAUGAAUCUCACUCCUUUGACCAGUAUUCUUCUACACUCUUCUCUUCCUCUCCCAGCCGCCAAUUUGAGAGCUUGAACCUUUACCAGACUACCCAUUUGCAGUGUCUACAGAAUUGUUCUGAUUUAGAUAAUGGGUUGGGGAAUUUGUCUGGCUUUGAUGGUUUGGAGGUCAAGAAUGAGGAAUGUCAAAUGGGUUUUGAGUCUUCUUUCAACCAGGCCUUUCUUCCCCACAGUUACAGCGGUGGAGGGGCUGAGAAUGUGACUAAGUUGAUGCAGAGGAGCUAUAGCAGUAAUUGUUUUGAAGGAAAGACAAGCUUUCUCUUUCAGCCUCGCUUUGAUACUCUCAUGGAGUCCCCAGGUUUUCAGAACCAGGAGAUUAUUGGUGGACAAAUGAGAAGGGUUUGCAGCACAGGAGAUUUACAGAAUACCAAAGCACCUCAUGCCACCCAGAGGUCCUUCUCCAGUUCGUUGGCCGUAGAGAGCUCAUUCAUUGAGGAAACAAAUUUCAAAGUAGGGCGUUACAGCGCAGAAGAGAGAAAAGAGAAGAUUUCCAAAUACAGAGCCAAAAGAAACCAGAGGAACUUCAACAAGACCAUUAAGUAUGCAUGCCGAAAAACACUAGCCGACAACCGACCCCGUAUACGUGGUAGAUUCGCACGCAACGACGAAACCGGUGACACUCCCAAGGCUGCAUGUUCAACCAGUAUGGAAGACGAAGAUGAUAUCUGGCUCGAGGGAAUGCAUGAAGAGAAUGGAACAGUGAGAAUUGGGCAGUUUGUGAACGGCUUUGGGGCGGCACAGUUGCAGCAAUACUAUGGAUUCUGAUAGCUGGGAAAGGCUCUUUCUUUUCCAGGAGGAGCUUUGUUUUAGGAUAGGUCCGGACUACAUGACUAGAAAAGCCUUUUUCGAGCAAAAGUAACUGGGAAAGGCUUUUUUCUGAAUAAGUUGCUGAGGUUAAUUAAACUUGUAGUGGGGCGGUUAUAGACUAGCGAGUUAGUUAAUUUCUGGUAGUUUUUUUCUUUUUUCUUUUUUCUUUUUUUUUUUCUUCUUUUUCCUUUUUCCCUCUCUCUCUCUCUCUCUCUCUUUUUCUUUUGUGGGACAUUACUUGUGUCAUAUAUGUAUAUUUGGCGACCAAUAAUAAGAUAAAUGACUUUUUAUUAAUCUAUAUAUAUGUGUGUGCUUCUUUUGGGUCUAAA